AUGACAGGAGGACAUUUUUCGGCAAUUCGAAAGCGCCCAGGGAAAGGGAGACUGCAUCAGAUCCCCAGAGGUGGUGGACAAAUCGCCUUUACAAUUAUCAACGGGUCCAGUAUCUGCAAGCGCAGAUCCGGCACGCUGCUCAGUGCAGUCGGCUUUGACUCAGACGAGGAUAACGAGGAUACAUGUCUUCCCCAAAUCCCGCCAUGCCAUGCCGGGCCUGAUGCCACGGCGCAACCUCCACAGGAGCAGCAGGAGGCAUUCCGUUGUGACAUUCCCACCGCUGCACACAACCGAAGUCGCGAUGGCGGUUCUCCUUCCCCGCCAUCCUCUACUCCAGCUACGGCUUUCGGUAGCCUCGGGGCCUGUCCACAAUCAUUUAGGGGUGAGCCGCGCGGUUUUGACGAGCUCGGCGAAAGGAAAGUUGCGCCGGAUGGAACGCCCACGGACGCAAUCGCUUGGACAGCUCCACUUGCCGCGUUUAGCCUGGCACCGCCCCCGCCGUCUGCAACUGCUGCUGUUGCUGCGGUGGCGGCGGCUUCUCCGCGGCCGCGCGCGCUGUUCGGACCAGCACGGGACGUGUCAACGGGUUGCGCCACGCCUCUGCGUGACGAGGGUGAAAUGGAGUGGGGCUCCGGUACCCCGUCAACGGGAAGCACGCCGCAUAGCCCUGGGAAGGACGGGACCGCUGCUGCUGCUGCAGUGGUAGUAGCCGAGGAUGGCUGGUCCUUCGAUACGCCGCCUCGGCGUGCUGGCAACGAUGGUGGUGGUGGUGGCGGAGUUGCCAUGCAACGGAUUCCCGCACGCUCCCCUUUGGGGGUUCCUGCCUGGCUACACGGCGGUCGGAGUGGGGCAGGGGCGGUGAGCGGCGUGGAGGGCGAGGUCACGUUGGGUACACCGUGCCGAAAGGCUCGCAGUCCCGCUACACCGAGUGCCGCAGCGGCCGCGGUGACGCCGCCUCCGCCAGGAUCCGCGCUACCGUUGGGCAGCGCCGUUGGGUGCUACCCGCUCGCGCCGUCCCCUGACUUCAGUCCUACCCUGCCGCUGCCGUCGACGGCGCUGUUCACCCGAGACACUCCCGGCGGCAGCGGUGGCAGCGACAGCAACCGCAAUGCACUCCAGCCCCCUCCGCAGCGUGCGCUGCUGCAGGCAGCCUUGAUGAUGUCAGCGGCGGCGGUGGGGGAAGAAGAGCAAGCCCAAAUGGGCGAUGGGACGGGCUCCACUCCAAGCCCAAGUGUGGUAGCCGCGCCGCACAGACGGCGCCCCUUGCUUAAGACGCCGCAGAUCGGGGAGCCGCAAACGCCGCAGACGUCGUUUAGAAACCCUGCCAAGGGGGUUCCUCUGAGCGCGCUGCCCUCGGGCCCUGUGAGCAUCGCGAGCUGUAGCUCUGUCCCUGUCACACGGCCGGGCAGCGCUUCACGGCGAUCGGGAGCUGGUGCGGUGACGGCGGCGGUGGAGGCCACCAUUGUCACGCCCGGCUCCGUUCCCGGUUCCACGGCUGCACGUGGAGUGCGGCCUACCCCGUCCCCCGUGCCGGGGUCGGCUCGGUCAAGUGUCGGCAGCGGCAGCGACGGCACAGCCACAUGCAGUGGUAAGAAGCCGCGAUACCUGAAGACGACGGUUUCAUGGAAUUUGAAGCACGGCUAGGGGCGCCUGGGGCCUGCGGGCUUUGGGCUAAGGCCAAGGUUCCUAGAGGAGAGACGGAUCAGCGCUUUCAAUGGCAAGGACCGCUUCUGAGCCUGAAAAGUGAGAGGGUCAGAUUAUUGAAGGUACCGACUGAAACCUGGGAAACGGGGGCGCGAUUGGGACAGGGACUAGAACGGUGGCGCUACCUAAUUUGUCAGGGGGCCCGUAUCAGACCAUAUGUCGAUAUGUGGCAGGCAGCAGGUCACAGUAGCGGUGCGGUGGGCGGCAGGAGAGAGCUGGUGUGCCGUAGGAGUGGAGAGACGAGGGCCCUUCUUGGUCCUCUAUGUAUCAAGGUGUCUGCUAAGUAAGAUCAGGUAGGGGGUUAUUUUACGAAACCACCAGUGCAAUUAAGCAGGGCAUCCGGGUUUUUAGCCUUUUCGAGAGUGUAGAUCCUUGGCUUUAGAGAUGCGUGUCGGCCAAGUAAUAUCUGUGGUUGGCUCACGUGCUUUAAUUUUGUUGAAUCUAGGCUACUCCUAGGUCAUUGCAGGUUUGACGUGAACAAGGACUUUGCGCACUCGGCCUGCGUCAUGCAAUCAUACCCCGUACUGCCCGCUGGCGGUUUCUGUAUGUGUUGUU